AUGAGUUUCAGGUGUUCUUCACAGAGGUGUAUACGAAGCCUCUCAUCUAGUGCUACUCGAUGUGAAAAGAAGUUAAACAAAUAUUCGUCCAUCGUCACUGGCGAUCCAUCACAAGGUGCAUCCCAGGCGAUGCUCUACGCCACUGGUUUCAGUGAUGAGGAUUUCAAUAGAGCCCAAAUUGGUGUUGGAUCCGUUUGGUGGUCAGGUAACCCAUGUAAUAUGCAUUUGAUGGAUUUGAAUAAUGCGUGCGCUGAUUCAGUAAAUAAAGCUGGGUUGAAAGCUAUGCAGUUCAAUUCUAUUGGUGUAUCUGACGGUAUUACUAAUGGUACUGAAGGUAUGAAGUAUUCCUUACAGUCGAGAGAGAUUAUUGCUGAUUCGUUCGAGACUAUGACUAUGGCUCAAUUAUAUGAUGGUAAUAUUGCUAUUCCAAGUUGUGAUAAAAACAUGCCUGGUGUGUUGAUGGCCAUGGGAAGACAUAAUAGACCAGCAAUUAUGGUCUAUGGUGGUACCAUUUUGCCAGGUUCUCCAACUUGUGGUGGAAGCAAGAGUAAUCCAGCAAUUGCCGACAAGAUUGAUAUUAUUAGUGCAUUCCAAAGUUAUGGGCAAUACUUGUCAAAGCAAAUCACUUUGGAAGAGAAGCAAGAUAUUGUUCAACAUGCAUGUCCUGGACCUGGUGCCUGUGGUGGUAUGUACACGGCAAACACUAUGGCAUCAGCUGCUGAAGUUAUGGGAAUAACAUUACCUUAUUCAUCAUCAUCACCAGCAGUGUCAAAGGAAAAGGCUAAUGAAUGUGCAUCAGUUGGUGAAGCUUUGAAGAAUUUAUUGAUUAAGGAUUUGAAACCAAGGGAUAUUAUCACAAAGAAGUCGUUUGAGAAUGCUAUUACCUAUAUCAUUGUCACUGGUGGUUCAACAAACGCCGUGUUGCAUUUGAUCGCCAUUGCAUCCUCAUUCGACAUUGAGCUUACUGUUGACGAUUUCCAAAGAAUCAGUGACUCUACUCCAUUACUUGCUGAUUUCAAACCAUCUGGUAAGUACGUUAUGGCUGACUUACAAGCUAAAGGAGGUACCCCAGCAGUUAUGAAGUACUUGGUAGAAGAAGGAUUACUUGAUGGAUCACAAUUGACUGUUACUGGAAAGACUAUUACUGAAAACUUGGCUGAUUUACCAGGCUUACCAGCAGAUCAAGAUAUCAUUCAUCCAAUUUCAAACCCAUUGAAACCAAGUGGUCAUUUACAAAUCUUGAAGGGGACUUUAGCCCCAGGAUCAGCUGUUGCUAAAAUCACUGGUAAAGAAGGAACUUAUUUCAAAGGUAAAGCCAGAGUCUUCGAUGAAGAAUAUGCAUUUAUUACUGCUUUAGAAGCAGGAGAAAUUAAAAAGGGAGAGAAAACUGUUUGUGUUAUCAGAUACGAAGGACCAAAAGGUGGACCAGGUAUGCCAGAAAUGUUGAAACCUUCAAGUGCUUUGAUGGGUUAUGGAUUAGGACAAGAUGUUGCCUUAAUCACUGAUGGUAGAUUUUCUGGUGGAUCUCAUGGGUUCUUGAUUGGACAUGUUGUUCCAGAAGCUGCUGAAGGUGGACCUAUUGGACUUGUUGAAGAUGGUGAUGAAAUUGUUAUUGAUGCUGAGAAUAAUAUUAUUGAUUUGUUGGUUUCGGAGGAAGAAUUGGCCAAGAGAAGAGAAAAAUGGACUCCACCUGAGCCAAGAUACAAGAGAGGAACUUUGUUCAAGUAUGCGAAGUUGGUUAGUGAUGCUUCAAAAGGAUGUGUUACUGAUCUUUAG